GGUCUGGAACGCGGCAGCCAUACGCGCCUACGCAGUUUUACGCAGUUAGUUUAGCAGCCAUAGCCGGCGUCACACUGUCAAAAUUACUGAUGGCGGAUGAAAUAGACAUAAUGAUUAAUUAUAACGGGGGAUACGAAAAAAUAGACCGGAAAAACAGCCGUUAUCCGUAUUGUAUCGUUUGGACACCUAUUCCAAUAUUGUCGUGAGUAGCCACUUUUCCGGUUGUUUUCUUUUGCUCACAAUCUGAAAUGGAGACACUAUUUACGUGACAGAUCAUGUUGAUAAACAUCAAUGGUCAUGUAGGGUAGCACAUCUUGUGGACAUUUAAAUCACUAGCUUGCAUUAUAACUAGUGAAUUUUCCAAAUACUAUGUGGCUGGAAUUAAAAUGCCCAUACCGUUAGAUGCCCUAUAAUAUGCGCGCACUCUUUAUUCCCAAGACCCCCCAAUACAGUGCUGUACCUCUGUUUUGUUCAGGUGGUUGCUCCCCUUCAUUGGUCACAUGGGGAUCUGUACUUCUGCAGGCGUGAUAAGAGACUUCGCUGGAUCAUACUUUGUGUCUGUGAGUAUAUGCAGAUCUUGAUUUAUGACAGUAGGCCUACAGCUUUAUGUGCAUAAGCCUAAUAAGCCUAAUGUUAUUAUUGGACCAUCUGUUUCGUGAUAGUUCCUCAACAUUUCCCAUAUUUCCUUUCAGGAAGAUAAUAUGGCCUUUGGAAGACCAACAAAGUAAGUUGGCUUUGUUCGUUCAAUGCUUGGAGCUAGGCCUGGCAUAUAGUGCUCAAAAUUGACAUGCAGGCAUUGCAGUUAUGUAGUAAGGUAUUUGCAACAUUGCUUGUCUCUUAACAGGUACUGGAAGCUUGAUGUUGAUAAGGUGUGUGGCACUGGCUCAGCUGCCUGGGACAAGGCUGUGCACGAUGCAUCGGAGGAGUACAAAUGCAGGCCGGUAUGAACAUUGACAGUGUCAUAAUGAGACAGACAGGAGGGUCUAGUAGUGGAAUUAUAUUUCCUUCCUAGGUUCUAUUGAACAUCUUCAAAAAAGGCCUAUUUAACAUCUUCAAAACAGGCCUAUUGAACACCAUCAAAAAGGUUUAUUGAACACCUUCAAAAAAGACCUAUUGAAUGUUUUCAGGAAAGGCCUAUUGUAAAGGGUAAAGGUAUUUAUAUGUACAUGUUUCGUACAAUGAUUGUAAAGGCCCAUUGUAGCGAUAUUGACAAAAACACCUAGAGUUAGACCUGACUAGCCUUCUUCCUCUGUCUCUUGUAGCACAACCUCUGCUGUGAUAACUGCCACUCCCACGUGGCCCUGGCCCUCAACCUCAUGCGUUAUGACAACAGAACAUCCUGGAACAUGGUCAACCUAUGCCUGCAGUCCCUUAUCCAUGGCAAGCAUGUCAGGUGAGAUACCAUGCAAUUAUGCAAUGAAGAGGUACUCUACUGUAUGUAACAGAGUAUGCUCAUUCCUGUCCUAACCUAGGCACGAACACUGGACCUUCUAUACAACAAUACUUGGCACUCACAAAGCAUCAUUCUGACUGACCGAUCCCUCUAUGUGUAUGUGCGUUUCCUCUGGAUCAUUUGACUAACUGGUGUGGAAGGGAUAGAAUCAGACAUGCUGAUGAAAUGGGCAGAAGCAAACUAUUCAACACCUGUCUGCAUGACAAAACAGAGCAUCGCCGAGUCUGAACAAGCACGCAUGCACCCCUGCAGAAGGGACAGAGGAGCUCCAGACGCUGUGGAGAAACCCCCUCAUUAUUCUCCCCCGACCCACAUAGGGAGCUGGCGUCACUGCUUUGUGCAGCCUCCACAUUAUCGUCCGAGGGCACCACAUCCUUAAACAGUGGGGCGCCAUGUAAUUAAUCAUUGCCAGAUGUGGCCCCCUCAUCACCACAUCAACUCUCUGCUGGGGCUCUCACUACUGGAUCAGGGGGGGACAGGGGUGAAGGAGAGGGUGGAGGACGGGGAGGGAGUGAGGGGGAGGGUGUUGGGUAAACCUCUGGGAGAUAAGGGUAGUUGGUCUGCCCUCAGUGCCCUGUGUAAAUUACCCUGGCUUCGGGGAAAUUUUACCGACUGCACGUCCUUACCGGUCCCUAUGUACUGCCCUACAAAGGCAAAGGUAACCCUCAAGCAUUUUAUCGCCAUAAACUAAGGACUGUUUCAUCACGUAGAAUGUUUAUACCUAAAAACAUUUUCUUGACUUUGUGCAGAAUCUACAAUCUAAAUGUGUUUAUCCAACACUCUUGUUGUUUUUCUGUUUGACUUUGUAUGGUCAUUUAUUUGACUUAAGGGUCAUUGGUCAAAUCAGUGCUCAUUGUUGAUAUGCAUAUAAAAUUACUUCAGAAUAAGAUAAUAAAUCAGUGAAUUAUCACUUAUCUACCUACAACAUAUUUGGCUGGACAGCAAAUAAAUAAUAAGCAAUUUUUCUCAGUUUCACUGUUUGCAUAGUUACUGCUCUUUGUAUUGCAGAGCUGGUAACUGCAGUCAAAACAUGGUGGAACAAAGCCAAAGUGCAGUAACUUCAGUUACUGCUGUUUUCCUGGGUUUUUACUUGGAUUUUGUAGUUGCUGCAAAUUUCAAACUCAAACUUUCUCUGAAACGGAACAUAAUUGAACCAGGUCACUUUGUCACAAGAUAAAACUGAUACUACAAAGCCUGAUUUCAGUCUUAAUUCAAUUUUGACCAAAAAUGUGUAGUUACUGUGUUUUGCCUUUGUAGGGCAGUAUAGAUGACAAAUGUCUUAGAGUAUGUGUUUUUGAAUGUGUUUUUGACCAACUGCUGAAAUGUGAGGAUUUAAUGGCUGCUGUUACCACUCUCACUGUGCUCUCUCUCUCUCUCCCACUGUCCUUCCCCAGCUGUGUGGCCUUCCUCAAGACCUGGCUGCCCUUCCUCAUGCUGACUGGAGCCCUCGUCACCUUCAUCCUAACGCUCAACCUGCACUGACCACACAAGGAACUCUACCUACAUGUACAUAUUACCUCAAUUACCUCGACUAACCGGUGCCCCUUUUUUGGGGGGUAUUCUUUCUUAAAACUGCAUUGUUGGUUAAGGGCUUGUAAGUAAGCAUUCCACUGUUGUAUUCAGCGCAUGUGACAAAUAACAUUUGUUUUGACUUGAUUUGAUUUGAAGGGACACGGAGAGGGAGAUGGAGGAGUGGAGAGAUAAUACAAGGGAUUUUCCUGCUCAGCUGUAAUCACAAAAGGGAAAGAAGAAGAAGAAACAUUUCGAUGGGACACUUCUUUGUGCAGUACUAAUAUUCACACUCUCCGACAUCCAUCAGAAAGGUGUCAUGAGGGCAGUUAUGUCCAGCUGUUCUGGCUUGUUUUGAAGUACCUUUUACUCGAUUCAGAAAGGAAUGUUGUAUAAAUGAAUGUUUGGCUUGGAAUAGUCAUAACCAUAGAUAUAGAACUGAUAUAGCAUCUGCUAAAUGAAGAGAAUUUAAAUGUAAAUGUAUUGUCUAUGGUCAUAAAUUCAUAUUGGUCUCUUUCACUGACCCCUAAACUCCAUUUAACCAGUGUGGGCCCUCUGUCAAGAACUACUGCUCUUUAAAUGCCCCAGCUAAUACCAGCUCAUCAUUUUACUUUGUAAUUGUUUACUGUAUUUUAUCAGACAGUAUUCAUUUUUCAUGCAAUAAGUUCUCUGAAGCAACAUGCUUGGGAAUGGUAAUAUACUGUACAGUAGUACAUAAUCAUGACCACGCAUUCGAUAGAAUUACAGAAAUUGUGGGAAAUAGGCUAUACCAUAUAGGCUAGUAAAGUCAAAUCAAAUUGUAUUUGUCA